ACUAUAAUAAUCAUCAUAUGAAGUACCUUAGACUAGGUAAGGCCCACUAUUUCCCUUGUUCCCUUUCCUUCUAAAAGACUGACGAAGAAGGAAGAACAGCUCUCACAGUUAGCAUAGCAUUCAUUCAUGGAAGAAGAAAGGAAAACAAGUGAUGAUGGACCUCUACACAUAGCAAUGUUCCCAUGGCUUGCCAUGGGGCACCUCAUCCCCUUCCUCCGCCUGUCUGAAUCCUUAGCCCGGAGGGGCCACCGGGUCUCCUUCCUCUCCACCCCGAGGAACCUCCAGAGGCUCCACGAAACCCGACCCCGGGCCCUAAAUAUCGACUUCGUCCCCCUCCCUUUUCCUCCGGUCCUGGACCUCCCCACCGGCUCGGAGUCCGCCAUGGACGUCCCUUAUCCUAAGCAGCAGCUCCUCAAGAUUGCUCUUGACUCCCUCGAGCCACAGGUCAGGGCUUUCCUGGAGGGACCCGCUAGGCCCGACUGGAUCAUCUUCGACUAUGCAUCGCACUGGCUCCCAGCUGCCGCCACGGGUGCUGGCGUCGCCUCCGCCUACCUUGGCCUCUUCACUGCUGCCACGCUGUCAUUUAUCGGACCCCCGGAGGCUCGCAUGGAUGGCCCAAGGUCGACCAUAGAGGACUUCACCACGGUCCCAUCCUGGGUCCCACCAAAGUUCGAAUCGAAUGUAGCGUAUCGACUGCACGAGAUUGCAAAGUACAUGGAUCGUUCCGAGGAGUACACAUCUGUGACUUCCGAUACCGAGCGCUUCGGCAUCUCGAUCAGAGGUUGCAAUAUGGUAGCUGUUCGGACCUGCAUCGAGUUUGAACCGGAGUGGUUUGGUCUGUUGAGCGAAUUAUACCGAAAACCAGUUGUGCCUAUCGGGCUCCUCCCUCCCACUCGAGAGGAAUAUGAAGGAGCCGGAAGCCAAGAGAAAUGGCUUCCUAUCAAGCAUUGGUUGGACGAACAGAGACCAGGAUCAGUGGUCUAUGUUGCUCUUGGAACUGAGUCCUCUCCGAGCCAGGAGGAGCUCACCGAGUUGGCUCUCGGGCUGGACCAAUCCGACCUGCCCUUCUUCUGGGUCCUGAGAGAUGCACCUGAGUCUACGCAAAGCAGGCUGGAAAACCUUCCCGACGGGUUCCUAGAACGAGUCAGGGGCCGUGGGGUCAUUUGUACCGAGUGGGCCCCACAGUCGAGGAUACUUAGCCACGAUGCAGUCGGGGGGUUCUUGACCCACUGCGGGUGCAACUCAUUCAUAGAGGCCCUUAUGUUCAGCAGGGUUCUAGUCAUGCUGCCAAUGCUAAACGACCAGGGUCUGAAUGCGAGGCUCCUGAGCAGAAAGGGGGUCGGGGUGGAAGUGCCAAGGGAUGAGAAGGAUGGAUCAUUCACGCACGAGUCGGUGGCAGAGUCGCUCAGGUUGGCCAUCGUCGAUGAAUCAGGCGAGACACUGAGGGCUAAGGCGAGGCAAAUGAAGAGCUUGUUUGGAGAUAUGGAGAGGAAUGAGAUCCAUGUGGACGGUUUUGUACGGUACUUGGAAGAGAAUAGGAAGUGACUUUCCCUCGGCAGCAAUGAUCCGCGAACCAAAUCAUGAACUGAAACAUCAAUUCUAGAGAGAUUUUCGCUUUUCAUAGUUAUGGAAUACCAUACCUUCCAUUUGAUGAUGCAUCAUUGCUGCCAAAUGAAUUUGAAUGUCAUUGUAUAUCAUCAGUUUCAGUUGAUUCAAUUAUAAGGGAAAGUUGAGAAACCA